AAAUGGACAUCUCGCCUCGACUUCUUUUAAUGACACUACUUAUGAUAUGCGGCGCCCAAUCCAUGAAUUUUGAGCACAGCCGAGUCCGACGCCAAAUAAAGCCGCUGCCGACUUUACCAAAGUUUACGAUUCCAGUCACAACUCAGAAGGCGAAAAUUGCAAUUCCAACUCUGCCCAACUUGAAAUCAAAGGCGCCAACGGUACUUACAACUAAUACUACUUUGACAUCAAUUAGCUCUGACGGAGUGGAAAAUAAUGUCACUAAUUACAAUGUUACUGCGGCAUCUUCUGUAUCAGAGCCAACUCUUGCCGUGAGCAGCAGUAAAAUAACAAUUUUCACUACAUCAACUUCACAAAAACCAACUACAACCACAAAGUCGUAUCCAACUUUUAAGCCAUUUAACCCUUUCUUGACGCAACAGCCAGUAUCGACUACCAUUGCAGUUGCUUCAACUACAAAUACCAAAAGGGUUAUCAGCACCACCCCUUUCGACAUUGACGCGUUUCUAGCCAAGGAGGAAAAGGAAAUUUCCGACGCUGCGAAUCCGUUUAAAGACAUCCCAGGUCUGAAUCUCAUCCCCGCAGCGUCAGACUUUCUCGCUUCCAACGGCGGGAAAAUGAUGUCUAAAGUUUCCGACAUGGCAGGCUCUGUUUUGGGCAACGUGGACGUUGGCUCGUUGGUCAGCGGCGCAGCAGGGGCGCUUUCGAGCGGAGGGGGAAUCUCCUCUUUGGUGAGUGGGGCGGCUGGGGCCCUUUCUGGGGUCAUGCCGAGCGGCAUCGGCUCGUUGGUCAGCGGCGCCGGAAAUAUGUUGUCCAACAUGGGCAUUUCGGACAUGUUCGGCAGUCUGCUCGGAGGUGGCGCGGCUUCAAAGUCACCGCCAAGUUCGGAGCAGAAAAAGGGCAGCAAUAACAAUAAUAACACGGUGUCCGCCGAUGAAAUUCUUAACCCCGCUUCGAAGAACAAUGUGGACAUUUCUGCCCUGAUUUCGAACGCGGGCGAUUUACUUUCGCCGCACUUGAAGGCUCUCGGUGGAGGGGGAAAUGCAAAUCCAUUUGCUGGGAUUUUGGGUACAUUUGGAGCGCUGGUCGGAGGUGUCAAGCCUUCGGUGGCGAUUACGGAAGAACCUCUUGAAUAAGAAUUGGAAUGUUUUUGUUUUGAAAAUUUUGUUUUGCAUUUUAUUACAAUAAAAAGUUUGUGUUUAUAAUUUAUCACAAUAUAAAACUUUGCCUUUGCAACUCCCAGGAUUGGUAUUUGUGAAAAAUCCUCCGCAUUAAUGUCCACAAAAGAGUUCCUGCUCCCAUCGAAGCUUGCAAAAAACACAAACACAAAAACACAUUUUUGAAGUCUUGAAUAGAGUCCACACAUA